AUGGGGCCGUAUCGAGGAUGAGAGACUCCAAAUAUUUACCACUUCGUUAACUAAAUAUCCUUUCCGAAUUGGAAUUCUUCCCUCAAUCUGGUACAUAUUGACGCCUUUCGACCACGCAUGAGUUUGGGCGGAAUUUGGCCUAAAUAAAGUGGAGUAUCUGUACGUCCACGACUCACGCUUGAAAAGUCGACAAAAUGUAUUCCUCUGCUGGAGCUGGUGAGAUGUCCGAGGGAGCCCGUUCCUCUGGAUCAGUAAGCUCUGACCCCCCAUCUUCUCCAGUGCCAGAAUAUGUGUUCAAGCCACCACCGAGGCCAGACUUUGGCACCAUGGGCAGGACAAUCAAGCUCCAGGCCAAUUUCUUUGAGAUGGAAAUACCCAAACUUGAGGUCUACCAUUAUGACAUUGACAUCAAGCCUGACAAAUGCCCCAGGAGGGUCAAUCGUGAAAUUGUGGAGCACAUGGUCCAGCACUUUAAAACACAGAUCUUCGGUGAUCGAAAGCCGGUGUAUGAUGGGAGGAAGAAUCUAUACACUGCCAUGCCCUUGCCCAUAGGCAGAGACAAAGUGGAGCUUGAGGUGACCAUUCCUGGUGAAGGCAAAGACCGCAGCUUUAAAGUAUCCAUCAAGUGGGUGUCCUGCGUUAGUCUGCAAGCUCUCCACGAGGCACUGGCAGGGCGGCUACCCAGCGUCCCCUUUGAGACUAUUCAAGCUUUGGAUGUGGUCAUGAGGCAUUUGCCCUCUAUGAGGUAUACCCCCGUUGGCCGUUCUUUCUUCACUCCAUCAGAGGGAUGUUCAAACCCUCUUGGUGGUGGUAGAGAGGUGUGGUUUGGUUUCCACCAGUCAGUCAGGCCUUCCCUUUGGAAAAUGAUGCUCAACAUUGAUGUGUCAGCCACUGCAUUCUACAAAGCCCAGCCUGUCAUUGAGUUUAUGUGUGAGGUCUUGGAUUUCAAAAGCAUCGAAGAACAACAGAAGCCCUUAACAGACUCUCAGCGAGUGAAAUUUACAAAGGAAAUCAAAGGUCUAAAGGUAGAGAUCACUCACUGUGGGCAGAUGAAGAGAAAGUACAGAGUCUGCAAUGUGACCAGAAGACCAGCUAGCCACCAAACGUUCCCACUGCAGCAGGAGAAUGGCCAAACUAUUGAAUGCACAGUAGCACAAUACUUCAAAGACAAGUACAAGCUCAUUUUGAGAUACCCCCACCUCCCAUGUCUCCAGGUGGGACAGGAGCAGAAGCACACCUACCUACCUCUAGAGGUGUGUAACAUAGUGGCAGGACAGCGUUGCAUUAAAAAACUGACAGACAAUCAGACAUCCACUAUGAUCCGUGCCACGGCCCGAUCAGCACCAGACCGGCAGGAUGAGAUUAGUAAAUUGAUGAGAAGUGCCAACUUCAACACUGACCCUUACGUUCGGGAGUUUGGAGUGAUUGUGAGAGACGAGAUGACAGAAGUGAACGGCCGCGUCCUACAGGCACCUUCCAUCCUGUAUGGAGGCAGGAACAAAGCAAUAGCCACACCUAUCCAGGGAGUAUGGGACAUGAGAAACAAACAGUUCCACACUGGUAUUGAGAUCAAAGUGUGGGCCAUCGCCUGCUUUGCACCACAGAGGCAGUGCACUGAACUCCUGCUCAAAGCAUUCACAGAGCAGCUGAGGAAGAUCUCAAGGGAUGCAGGGAUGCCCAUCCAGGGUCAGCCUUGCUUCUGUAAGUACGCCCAGGGAGCAGACAGUGUGGAGCCCAUGUUCAGGCACCUCAAGUACACCUACCAGGGCCUCCAGUUGGUGGUGGUGAUCCUGCCAGGGAAGACACCCGUCUAUGCUGAAGUGAAACGUGUCGGGGACACUGUACUUGGCAUGGCCACACAGUGUGUACAGGUGAAGAAUGUUCAAAAGACAACACCUCAGACUCUGUCCAACCUCUGUCUGAAGAUCAACGUUAAGCUGGGCGGAGUCAAUAACAUCCUCCUUCCACAGGGCAGGCCACUGGUGUUCCAGCAGCCAGUGAUCUUCCUUGGUGCAGAUGUGACUCACCCUCCUGCAGGAGAUGGAAAAAAACCUUCCAUUGCUGCUGUUGUUGGAAGUAUGGAUGCACAUCCUAGCAGAUACUGUGCCACCGUGCGGGUGCAGCAGCACCGUCAGGACAUCAUCCAGGAUCUGGCCGCCAUGGUGAGGGAGCUUCUCAUUCAGUUCUACAAGUCCACCCGUUUCAAACCCACGAGGAUCAUCUACUACCGUGAUGGCAUCUCCGAAGGCCAGUUCAACCAGCAGGUCCUUCAGCAUGAACUGCUGGCAAUUCGUGAGGCUUGCAUCAAACUAGAGAAGGACUACCAACCUGGGAUCACCUUUGUUGUCGUGCAGAAGAGACACCAUACAAGACUGUUCUGUAUGGACAGAAAUGAGAGGGUUGGGAAAAGUGGGAACAUCCCUGCAGGGACCACAGUGGACACGAAAAUCACUCACCCGUCAGAGUUUGACUUCUACCUUUGCAGUCACGCCGGCAUUCAGGGCACCAGCAGGCCAUCUCACUACCAUGUGCUCUGGGAUGACAACCACUUCACUUCAGAUGAGCUCCAGAUUCUCACCUACCAGCUUUGCCACACUUAUGUGCGCUGCACGCGGUCCGUUUCCAUCCCAGCACCAGCUUAUUAUGCCCAUUUGGUGGCUUUCAGAGCUCGCUAUCACUUGGUGGACAAAGAGCAUGACAGUGCUGAAGGGAGUCAUACUUCAGGCCAGAGCAACGGCCGUGACCACCAGGCCUUGGCCAAGGCCGUUCAGAUCCACCAGGACACGCUACGUACCAUGUACUUUGCCUGAGUGCACACAACCCCAGGUUGGUGUGGGUGAGACUGAUGGAACACACUACACCACCGGCUGUGCCGCUGUCAACUGUAGAAAGCAUCAUAGUGGUUUUACAUCAUGAUUUCCCAACUUAAACCUAUCAGUUACCCAUAUGUCGAUAAUUGUACUUCAGCCCCUAACCCAGCUAAACCAAGCCUGCUAUUAGACUAAGAUGCAAAAGAAUGGAUUUAGAGGUUCUACUUACAUGUUGUGACAUGUUGUGCAUUCGUGUGCGUUUGUAUGUGUCAGGGGGGAAUAUAUAUUACAAAAUCUGAGAUUAAUAGGAAAAGUUUGUACACUGAUAGAUGAAAUCUACAAUUUCUAAACUAGUGGGCAGUAACAUUUGACAUCGGGGUGGUUUAUUAUUUAGAAUAAGCUGUUUGCCCUCCUUCUCCUGUUUUUAUCAUUUGUUACAGUCUUGGUGCUCGAAAGGAGAAGGAGAUGUCAAAAGGUGAGGAGGCCCGUUCACUGUUUAUAAUGCCUCUGACAAACAUUAUUUAUCAGCCAAUCAAAGCAAAGUGCACUGAGAAGAAGGGGUACUUAACCAGGACAAAAGUACUUAAUAAUUUGAGGGUUGUGUGUGAUUUUUCACAUAGGGCACUAUGUGAUGAAAAGUGCCAUUUGAAAACCACCUUUCUAUCAUGUCAUUUUUAUGUAAAAUUAUGAUUUUAUUUGGCCCACGUCUGCUGGGUUUUUUCAGUAUUUGUCCUUGAUUGACAUUGGUGACCAAUAUUUAUGCCAAGUCUGGUAAUGACUUUACCAACAGAUUCUUUCAGUCACAGAUGCAACCCUCGAACCUACAGUUCUACUACAUAUGUUUUAGUGUGCAAAUUGACAAAGAACAGCUAUAUUUCAUCCUCCUCUGCCUCACUUGUUAGUGAACUGACCAAGUUGCACGAGUAAUCUAAUUCCCAUGCGAGAAAUAGUGUAUUGGGACUGGUUCCCUCCAAGGACUCCUUUCUAAUGUACUCUGAGCCGUGUUGAUAAAAGACACAUGAUGUAGAAAUCAACAUUGAAGAGAACUCGAUGAAAUCAGUUUUCUUCCCUUCUCUUUUUAUAGUCCAUUUUAAUUUCAAUCUUUCUUCUUUUAAAAAAAAAAAUAAUAUGCAUGUAGCUGACUCACGUUUUAGACAUUUAGGCUUUUGUGAUAUUUGCUUAUUGUGAUAUUAGAGUGUUCUGCAGCAUCUUCGUCAGAGAAAUGUUUGUGUCGCGCAUUGGCAUCCUGGCAAUGGUACAGUGGAGUGAAAGCUGCAACCUUUUAAAGUUCAACUAACUGAAAUUUCCUAAAAUCAAAAAAGAAAAAAACACAUUUUCAAAUUAUAGUGUUUGCUCCAGGAAAUGGAUGCCGUCGUCGCACUAGAGCUUGGGAUUUAUGCAAAUGACUUUUUGUGAGUCUUUUUACUAUAUAUACAGUAAUGUUGGUAAUGAGGUAUAUUUUGAAUAAGCUUUCAAGUGGAGGCUGCUGAGAAUAUUAAUAAGACUUUUUUUAACUGACCGGCCCACAUGUAGUCUAAAUUAACACUGUCUAUUUGUAUACAGAUUUCAAAUGCAAAUAUUCUCUUGCCUUCUGAGACUGUUAACAGUCUUACUAAUAAUUCUAGACAUUUACUAACAUCCCAUCCCAACGCGUUUUACUACUACGUCAAGCUGGCGAAUGUUUGUAUGGUCUUGAUUGGAGGCAAGUUGUCUAUAUUUUCUAACUAUGCAUAAUUUUUAACCAAGAGAUUUAACAGUGGGGUAUCUCACAUGAAUUUAGGUCAUUUGUAGAGAUAGAUUAUCAGGGCCUUUUUUUUGUUGUUAUUGUUGUUUUUUUUAAGCAUGUCGCAUUUAGUAGCAUUUCUUAGUGCUUAUCAGCAUCUUCAUGCCUUUCGUAUGGGUAUGAAGUAUUUAUGUGGUUAUUUGUAACGUUGUAGAUUUUAUAACCUUAAAAUGGGGGUGUAUCCUUUGUAACCCACAAUCUUUCUUAGCCAAACAAGAUUACAAACUUUUACAUGAUUAAUUAUCAAAAACGCAUAAAAGCACAACGGGACAUCUUGAUUCUAGGUGCUAGAUGUUUUCACUGUAAACCACCUUAAAUCCUCACUGGAUUGGUCCACAGAGCUUUUUUUUUUUUUUGUUAAUUGUAUGAUAACAAUAUGCUUUGUAAUGAUGAGGAUCUUCUCUCUCCCUUCGAUGACCUCUCUGUGUUACGCUUUCAACUUAUUACCUGUAAAGCAACUAGAAAGCCGACUGACUGUGUUUGUGGGGCAUUCUGAAAAAUCAUGUACUUGAUAUUUACUGUUAUGAUGUCAAUAUUGUUCUUAUCGGUGCUGGUCUCACAACAUGUAAAUUUGGAUGCACUUUUGAUCGCAGAACGUUGGUAUGACUUCUAUAGACGUGUGUUCCUCAAUCGAAAGCAGGAGACUCGGCCAUAUUGCGUGACACUGGCGUAAUUGUAUGGAAAUGGCCAUGUGUCCUACCUCUUGUUACCUGUUUUAAGUGUUAUGGUAACAUCACACCACUGGCCAUUUCUGUAUAAUUACCCCGCUCUCUUAUCUAAUUGGUAUUUUCUUGAGCCUUGUGUUGACAGUACAGCUUUUAAACGCUUGGUGUGUGCAUGUGUGGUGGCGGACGUUCUUUUCUUGGGUUUUUAUGUUGUUGUGGUUUGUCUUAGUUUACUCAAACUGAUAGGAGAGAGUGUGUUUUUUUUUGUUUUUUUUUUCCUUUUUUGUAGAGUUUUUGAGCAUCAAGCUGUACGACCAAAUUCUUGAAGUGUGUAUUUCAUACACGGCUUUCCUUGCUUUUGCUCCUUGAAAUUCUAUGCACCAAUGAAAUGACAGACUUUGGCUUGCCCUCGACACCUUUGAUUUUUCCAUCUGAGCAGUGUUAACAAUAAACGCUGUCAGGUGUGAUCAUUGCAUAUUUUUGAUCGGGAAAAUGUAACCAAAACUUUGCCGUCAGUCCGACUACUAUUCAAAGUUGCUUUUGAACUAUUAAGGAAAUUAAAAACAGUCUGUCUUAAGGCAAAUGACAGAGCAAAAUAAAUCUGGUCAGGUCAGUUUUCACCACAAAACAUUUGUUCCUUCAGUAUAUUGAAGUACAAUUAUAGCUGGAUCAAAACCAAUUAAUCGUCUGAAAUGUAAAUGUCCUCGUCUCGGCCUGAAUGUAGGCCUUCGUGAUGAUGACACAAUCGUCCACAUCAUUCACGUAUUCGAAUGUUCAGUCUCUCAAAGGGACGCCUGGGUGUCAGUACCUUCGUUGGCGUUUGUCCUCCACAAGAUGCCUGUCAUUUCACUUGGAAAUGACUAACAGACAUUUUGAAACAUUUCGACCAUAUUCUAGCAGGUGUAAAAUUCCAAACACCAAGAUGUCAUAUAGGGGAUGUUGUUUACCUCUAGUCACUUUUUUGUUGUUGUACAUAAACCUAUACCAGCACCUUAAAAUACCAGAAGAGAAUGGCAUUGCUUUUCCUCCAGAUAAAACUCAAAACAUUGUAAUGUAAUUUUUGCACUAAACUAAAAUGGACUCGGAAGCUGUUGCAGCAAUUAUUAUUAUCCCGUGGCAAAAAAAGCCCCCCCCCCCCCUCCAAAAAGGAGCAGUUGUCAGCAGUUGUGGAUUUUCAAAAUAAAAGCACAGCCAACAGGCGUAGCAGCCUCAAUAUGUGCUCUCGCUCAGCCAACCAGCAGCAUUCAGCAUGUCAUGUAUAAAAAAAAAAAAAACCCAAUGCCUUUAGAUGUUAAUGAAAGUGUGAAAAUUGUAGUUGUGUGGAUGGAUGGUUUGCCUUUGUAAAGAGAUGUGACCGAAAGGUACGUAAGAGGAAAAAAAAAACAAUCAUAAGAGUUUAAAAUGGCCGGUUGUGGACGAUAGCAUUUCUUCUACUGCUCUGUUUGAUGGAGAUGCGAUGCCAAAGUGUUUGAAGUGUGUGAAGAGAAGUGCAGGAACGUUUGACGUGGUGAAUCAUACUGAAACGAGACUAUACAUAUCUACAAUCUACAACGCAUCAGUUCAGAAGCCCCUUCCGUUUGUACAUAAACCUGUCUCAUAAUGAGUUAAACAGAGAAGGUGUGUGUGUGUGUGUGUGUGUGUGUGUGAAACAGACACCAGCCUGGUGACAGUGGUUAACAUUGCCUGAGGUGCUUAAAAGUAAGACAUUCAAAACCGCUGCAGUUAAUACACACAUUGACUUCAGUUUGGCUCUUUUUUUUCCGUUGUCUUUUGAAGUGGACAAAGCCGGUUCUACUUAUUCCUAAUGGCUGAUGUGUAAGUUACAAGACAUAUCAUAACAUCAUUUAAUUGUAUUUUUAUUGGAAGCAGAUUUUCAAUUUUCAAGCAGUUUUAAAUUAAGGUGUGGCUGGAUUUAAAUGUAUCCAAGUGUAAUGAUCGUCCUGUAUACAAACUGGCCUCAGAGUGGUUUUGGAACAAAAUAAAAAGCCUGUUUUUAAUUCAUUGUUUUUCAAACCAUUACCCACUGUAUAUCUUUACUUUCCAACUAAUACUGACAUAAAGAAACCUCCAUAUAAUAAUAAUUGAAUGUACUUAGAGCCUGCUUGAUUUAUUAUAUUGUAUAGGCUAGUCAUCCAGUAAAUUUAUACUCAUGUUUGUGUACAGUCUUCUUUUUUUGUUUUGCUUUGUGUCCUCUUUCUGACUUUAAGAAGACAUUAUCAUCUUAAAUAGCUCAUUGAUUUAGAUAUCCACCGCGUCACAGCUAAUAUUAGUCUCGUGCAUUUGAGAUAAACAAGCCGCCAGUUGUCUUCAUCUGGGUUGUUGGCUGCUGUAGUUUUUAGGAGGUAGAAAGGAAACUCAUCUUCUCUGUUCUGGUGUCAUGCCUGAGAGGUGAUGUAACAUAUGAGCUGUGUAUAUAUAUAUAUAUAUAUAUAUAUAUAUAUAUAUAUAUACAUAUACAUAUACAUAUACAUAUACAUAUGAUGGGUGGUUUGGUGUGUGACCCUGUUUGCUGUUAAAUCCCUGUCCUUUGUAAAAUUCCUCCCCGUAUGAGUCAUUAAUUCAUUAGUGCAGUGCCACAAAAUCAAGACGUUAAGGUCUUUGUUUUGAGUGUUGCUUGUGUUGCAUCCGUUUGGCGUUUGUGUGUUUGUGUGUGUGCUUGUGUGACAGCUUAUCAUGACACUCUGUUGACUUCAUUCUGCUCUGUUCUAAACUUAGUUGAACCUAUUUGAAGCGACACCUUGUUCUCACUUCUUUAUCCGACUCACCCGCAGCCAUGUCCCACCGCUGCUCUCCAUACAAAGUUUGCUUAUGUUGUUGUUGAGUACAAAUUCAAAUGUUUUUGUUGUUGUUUUUCUCCUCUGGUGGUCCUUAGGAGAGAAGGUUUACCUCUCAUGUUCACCACAUGCAGCUUUUGUGCCACUCUUGGGUGCUAAAUUGCAAAUGGUAGCACGCUAGAGUUAAGAUUAUAAACAUUUUUUUUUUUAAAUGUCAACCGUUUUAAUUCGGUGUUUACACACUUCCAUUUUUUAUAUACGGUCUUUGAGGACAUCUGCAGCUCAUUUGUGAUCAGUGUCGUGUCAAAUAAUCCGGUAAACACACCUGAUUCAAAUGAUCAGCUCGUCAACGAGCUCUGCAGGAGCCUGAUAACGAGCCAUUCAUUUGAAUCAGGUGUGUCUCUGGUGCUCUGGUGCUGCAGCAGCAGCAGAGAAAAUGUCGCAUACAAGCCACAAUUUUACCAGAGCUGAGACUUUAGGAAACAUGACAUGAGCCGAAAUGUGACAAAGCUGCAUCUGGUGGACAUUUGAGGUGAUGUCCGUGGCCGUCAAGCCUCACCAAACCAAACCAAACCAAAACCAAACCAAUGCCAUCCAGUUGAUUUUACAUGCAGCCAAUUGUGCAAGGCUGUUUUUGUAUGUUUUCAAAACAUUUGCCAGUCUUCAGAAAGACUUUUUUUAUUUCAUUUAACAACUUGGGAUGAACUACCUCAGAGCAGUGUCAGGUGCUUGUUUAAUAUUGUCCCUAAUUUAUAAUGAUACACAAACAAAACCGUCAAAAAUUGUAGUGACCAAACUAAUUUAAGCCAACAAAUAUCAUGUGAGAACACUGUUCUUUUAUUUUAUUUUUUAACCUAAACAACAGGAAAACGUAAUCAUGUACAAGUGGUUGGUUGCUUUAGACGCAUUUUUAUCAGACCAAAUUUUUGUAAUUGGGUAAUUGUCUCAUCGUUUCAUGCAAGUCCUUCAUUUUUCAACGAUGACCGCGCACAAUAUGGGACUCGUGUCGCGAAAUCAGCCGUAGUCGCGACUAGAUCGUUGAAAAAAAGCUGAUAAAUGCGCUUUGACGUGUUAGUUUUUCCACAUACACCUCGAUGUGAUGUGGAGGAGUGUUUGUAGACGUGUGUACAACAAUAAUGUCCGAGUGUAAUUGUCUGUCCUCUCGACGCCGACAAACAUUGUAGACUUAUGAUUAGCAGAACAACGCUUAGCAUAUGGGUAGGAAAACAAGAGGAACCGACUAUUUUCUUAUUUUGUUUGGUUUUACAGCUUAGUAUUGGAUCGAGCCACUCCAACGUGAUCAAACGCCUCCAUUUCUUUCUCCGCCGCUGUUUAACCCAGUACUGCAAUAAAACCGGGGUGAAUGUCUCCGAUUUCUCUUCACUUCCUUUCCACUUCUCCUACGAUUAUCCACACUCAUGCCUAGUUCUCUCUUCUUCUUAUUUUUGUUUUGUUUGGGGGUUUUCGAGAUGUCGUUUUUUUUCAUGCAACAAUUUUACAAAGGGAAUAUACACAUUUUACUUCACAAUGAAUUGUAAACGUCAGUGAAAGGUACAUAUGAGCUUGUGUGUGAGAUUAUUGUCAUUUAAAAAAAAAGA